CAAGAAGUCAACAACAAUGGAAUCAUUGGCAGCAGCAGGCAGAGGAGGUAUGUUGUCCCUCCAAUUAUUCCAAAUCCAACCGUCAAUAACUCCCCGCUCAUUUCAAACCCCCUUCUUCCCCAAACCCAGAAAACUAACAAUCAAAUCCCACAAUCCAAACAACGCCUCAAACCCCCAAACCAAAGAAGAAGGUAUCCCAAUAGACCAAGUGAAAACCCUAGUCAAAUUCAAAUCCCGACACAAUUUCAUUCGAGUCCUCGAAAUCUCCCGUAAAUCCGACCACCCAUUCGCAGGUUCCCGUCUUCUGUUGCUCGACACUCCCGGCAACAUCCACAGCAUUUCCUUUCUGUUAAAACUACUAACCGGGACUUAUUUCGACGUUUUCGCUACAUUCCCACCAAUACUACCCCCAGGCCCAUUAGGAAUACUCGGGUUCGGAGCCGGGUCAGCAGCCAAGUUAAUACUUGAAUUAUACCCACAAGGGGUGAUCCACGGCUGGGAACUCGACCCAUCUGUAAUUCAAGUUGCUAGAGAGUAUUUCGGGCUCUCAAAACUGGAAAGAAAGUACGACGACAGGCUGUUUAUAUACAUCGGAAACGCGUUGAAUGCGAGUAUCGAUGAGGGGUUUUCCGGGUUGUUGGUUGAUUUGUUUAGUAACGGGUGUGUGAUACCGGAGCUCCAGGAUCCGGAAACGUGGAUGAAAAUGAAAAACAAGUUGAAGCGAGGGGGGCGGAUAAUGGUGAAUGUGGGAGGGAGUUGUGUGGAAGCCGAAGAUGUUAGGAAAGAUGGAAAAGUGGUAAUGGAAGAAACUCUGAAGGCAAUGGAGAAAGUGUUUGAACAAGGGGAAGUGUGUGUCUUGAAUGUUGGAAGAAGAAAAGAAGAUAGCUCAAUUGCCAUGACUGGUGGACUGCCUCCUAAUCUGGACUUGUGGAAGCAGAAUUUGCCUAAAUCUUUGAGGUUUUAUGUUGAUAUGUGGAAAGUUCAUGAUUUUUGCUAGACUUAGAAAAAUGUUUUUUUUUUUCUUUCAUUGGUGUAUGGUGACAUUUUGUAUGCAUGUAACCUGUUUGAUGAAUUGCGUCACUACUCAAUAUAGUGGAUUUAACAUUUCAAAUUUUCAACUA